GACUGAGGGACAGUACAGCACGUUGCUCAUCCUACAGCAGGCACUGACCGUGUAACGUUUAUCAACAGGAGAAAAUUCAAGUAAGGAGAGUGUCGACGCAGGUGGUUAAUGUGAGCAGUUGUCAAUGAAUGGUUUUCAGACAUGAUGGCCGACCAGCCGCCUCCAUUAGAAGCUACGCCUAUAUUGAAUGAAGUGCCACUUCUACCUCAUAUGGUUAAUGGGGACAGCAUACAACAGGUUAUUCUUGUACAGGUAAACCCAGGUGAAACAUUUACAAUUACAACUGAAGAUGGACACAUUCAGUGUAUUCAAGGUCCAGCACAUGUUCCUAUGAUGUCACCAAAUGGUUCUAUGCCGCCUAUAUUUGUGCCUCCCGGUUAUGUAUCUCAGGUGGUGGAAGAAAAUGGAGUUCGCAAAGUGGUGGUAUUGCCACACUCGGCUGAAUUCCAUCCUUCCAUGCAUCCUCCUCCUCCUCCUCCCCAUGUGCCACAUUACAUGCAUCACCACCAUGCUUUGCUUCCCCACCCACCUCACCCAGUGUACCCUCCGGUUCCUGGGACGGGAGAGCUACCACCACAGUUCAUUCACCAGCAUCCACCACCGCACGUUUUUCAAGAACAAGAACCUCAUUCUCAUGGAAGGACAAACUUCAUUCAGCGAGAUGAAAGGAGUCUCAAAAUGCAAGAACACCUGAAGAAAAGACUAAAAGACAGACAAGCUAGUGGUCAUACUAACAAUAAACUUAACAGUCCUCCAUCUUCACCGCAUAAAGUUGUUAAUUCUUCCAAUGCAACAAUUCAGAAUGGAAAUGGAAAGGGACAGCAAGGGGCAGGAGGACCACUAAAGCAGAAGCAGAUAGGAAAAACAAAGGGCAGUCCAGAUGCAGAGAUGGGAGAAUCUGACACGGAAUCCAAGAAAUGUGAUAGUCACUUGAGCAUUGGCAAGCCAGUCGUUUCUGAUAUACAAGCAAGAUCAGCCGUUCUGUCCUGGAAUCUCCCAGUUAGUUCACAGAAUGGAGAGAGCCAUAGUCAUAGUCCAGCAGCAUUUACAUUUGAAGUAGCAAUAUCCAACAGUGGUAAAAAUGGAAAAUUUAAAUCUGUCUAUGUUGGGGAAGAAUUAACAAUUACACUUCCUGAUCUCAGACCAGCAACUGAUUAUCAUGCCAGAGUUUCAGCAACCAGCAGUUCCAUAAAAGAAUCCAUUUCAGAAUUAGUGAGUUUCACUACAGAAAGUUGUGAGCCAGACUGUCCAGCUGCACCGAAGCUAAUUAACAGAACCAAAACCAGCCUGAGUUUGCAGUGGAAGUCCUCAAAUGACAAUGGUUCCAAAAUAACUAAUUUUCUUUUAGAAUGGGAUGAGGGGAAGAAUGGACCCUUCAAAGAAUGCUACUACGGGCACCUGAAGCAGUAUAAACUUAGCAAACUCUCUCCUUCUACAAAAUAUUCACUCAGAUUAGCUGCUAAAAAUGAUAUUGGAAUGAGUGGGUUCAGCGAGACAGUGACAUACUACACAGCGGGAAUCGUCCCACCAGCCCCAUCGCCCCCAGUGCUCGUUGAAGCGGGAGUGACCUGGCUGUCAGUCAAGUGGAGCCCACCUAACGGGGUGUCUUCAGAGGACUCUCUCACUUACAGUUUAGACAUGGAAGAAGAAGGUUCUGGUUAUGGUUUCCAACCACAGUACAAUGGAGAUGAACUCUCGUGCACUUUAAGAAAUCUUAGGAGGAGUACGUCCUAUAAGUUUAGGCUCUUUGCCUACAACAGCGAAGGAAAAAGCAGUCCCAGUGAGGUGGUAGAACACAGCACCGAUCCUGACAAACCUGGGCCACCAAGUAAACCAACCGUAAAGGGCAAGAUCCAUUCGCACAGCGUGAAAGUUACGUGGGAACCACCCAAGGAUAAUGGAGGAUCAGACAUUUCUAAAUACUUCCUGGAAAUCUCAGAAACAUCAGUUGGAAGUAAAUGGGACACCGUAUACAGCGGUUCCCAGAGAGAACACGUGUGUGAUCAUCUGAAGCCUGGCACUUCAUACAGAAUGAGAGUUUAUUGUGUCAGUAAAGGUGGUGAAAGCCAGGCUUCUGAUGUUAUGACUGUUACGACAUCAGCUGUUCCUCCUGGACCGUGUCAUGCUCCAUGCCUGGCAGGCAAAGCUAAGCCCAAGGAAAUCACUUUACAGUGGGGCCCACCAUCUGUAGAUGGAGGCUCCGACAUUACAGAAUAUAUUAUAGAGAUGGCAAACUCUGAACAAGAUGAACGCAGACAAGUGUAUCAGGGUCCAGCAUCUGAAUACGUAGUAAACAACCUGCUUCCAGGGAGAACGUACUGCUUCUGGAUACGAGCGGCAAAUAAAGUUGGGUUUGGCCCUCACUCUGACAAAGCAGAGAUCUCUACGGCUCCAGGACCCCCCGAUCAAUGUUGCAAACCCCUGAUAACUUGUAAAAGUGCAACUUGUGUUGUGGUUUCAUGGGAGAGUCCUGCGUGCAACGGUGCAGAAAUCGGUGAAUACAGACUGGACUGGGGACAGGUGGAAGGAUCAAUGCAUGUCAUUUACACUGGCCCUUGCCAGAGCUAUGAAGUAAAAGGUCUCACACCUGCAACCACGUAUUACUGCAGAGUCCAGGCUGUGAACAUCGCUGGAGUGGGGUUGUUUGGCGAGACUGCUGUGGUGACAACCCCCGCGUCGGUGCCUGCAGCAGUGUCAGUACUGCAUUUACUUGAAGAAGAUCAAAUGGAAAUUUCUCUUCCUUUAUCAACGUGCCUUGCAAUUCAAUGGGAAGAACCGUGUUGUCAUGGGUCGGAGAUCACUGGGUAUAAUAUAGAAUAUGGGGAAAAGCAGCUUGUAACUGUUGGGAGAAAUACGAGCCAUGUUCUUGAGAAUCUGCUGCCUGACACUCUGUACAGAAUUAGAAUACAGGCCAUAAACAGCUUUGGAGUUGGUCCUUUCAGUCAUUCCAUUAAAGCCAAAACGAAACCACUACCUCCUGACCCUCCUCAUCUUGAAUGUGUGGUCUUCAGCUACCAGAGCCUUAAACUUAAAUGGGGUGAAGGUCCUAGCAGAGCUUUAAUUACCAACCCUACACAAUUCAACUUGCAGAUGGAGGACAGGUUUGGCAGGUUUGUUACUGUUUAUAACGGUCCUUGUCAUACAUACAAGGUACAGCGACUCAGUGAAUCCACUACAUACUAUUUUAAAAUCCAGGCAUAUAAUGAUGCUGGAGAGGGAGAGUUUUCUGAAGUUUACGCUUUCACUACAACUAAGUCUCCACCCGCAUCUCUUAAAGCACCCAAAGCAAAUCAGCUGGAAGAAAACACUUACGAAAUCACAUGGGAACCUUUACAGCCGAUGAAAGGAGAUUCUAUUGUUUACAUCCUUCAGCUUGCUGCUGGGAGAGAGUUUGAUCAGGUGUACAAGGGACCAGAGACUUCCUUCCGCCUCACGAGCUUGCAGACAAACUGUGAAUAUCGGAUCAGAGUCUGCGCUGGCCGUCAGUCCCAAGACUCUACUGGAUCACAAGAACUGUAUGGACCUUACAGUCCCAGUACAGUGUUCUCAUCUCAGAAACAAGAGCUGGUUCCACCGUGUGCUGAUCUGACGACGGAGUUGGCGGAGACUAAGAAGACAUUACGUGAAGAGCGCUUCAUUGCUAUCGUUCUUCUCUGCGGAUUUGCAGUGGUUGCUAUUUUAUUUGCUGUUGUUAUUCAGUACUUUGUAAUCAAGUAGAUGAGAGCCUAUUCAGUACUCGGCUUUUUGUACAGAAGCUCUCUCGGGUAUUUAUGGUUAGUUCUAAUUAAAAUCCUAGCUGGAAAUGUAUAGUUACAUGCGUUUCCACUUUUGCUGCUGGCUAACAGUGAGGCUGGGUUGGCAGAUCCUUUCCAAAUACUGAACACAGAUUUCUCGUAGAAAGGGUAAUCCUGGGUCCUCUGUAAUCAGGGUUAGCUGUUAAUAAAACAGCAAAAA